CUGCAAUUAUCCUCUCACCAUGAUGUGGACGAUCUACUUUUGGUACUUCUAACUACUGGCUACUAGUGCUAUGUUGUAGAAAAAUAGCAAUAAGAAUGUCGAACGCGGCGACCGCAGCGCGUUCGUCUAAGGGCAACCGCUCAAAACAGACUGCGGGACCACGAUCCAAAGACACCAAGACAGGCACACACCUGCAGAAAAAUCCUGGUGCUGCGGCAGUUGUGGUAUCUACAAGUACAAGCUGAUUACUCUAGAUUUUGAUUUCUUAUGAAUGAUCUUCUGAGUGGUGAAUCUUUCAGGUGAUUGGAGCUACCUAAUGUCCCCAUCGUCUUCGACGUACUUGCUAAAUCCUAUCAUGCUCCUCAACAUCAGGUCCCAAAGCAGGCACCACGCGACUACGCCGUUGUUUCCGCGCAAUGGUUGUCAAAGAUUAAAAACGCCGCUCCGUCAAUCCUAGAAGAUCAAAGCGGUUCAAGGUUAUGAUUGGGUUUUCAUUUUGAAAAAUUCCAAUCCAACAAGAUAGAAAAAUUAUAAUCUUUUGCUGGGUUGUCUUCGUCUGUGUGUUAACGUCCACCGAUGCCCACGACCACUUUCAUCCUCCCUCAAGUCCAUUGCCGUUCACCAUGAUGCUCUGGACCGAGAACUGCUUCAGGAAACGGCUGGCAUGCCCUCACAGAGACGCGGAAAGCCAUCCAAAUCACCGACUUCACCACCACAACCGAGGAGUGGGCAUAGUCCUACGGAAUGGCAGAGGCAGGGACAUGGUGGACAGCCGCAUCAUGGUAGAGGUGGACAGGUGGGAAACAUGGUUGGAGGACAUCAGUCCUCACACCAAUAUCAAGUAAGGGUUGGAGCUGGAGGGGGUGAUUCAGCAUAUAGUGGAGCAGGAGGUUAUGGAGUCCAUGGACAACAUGAUGGAGGUUUUAAUCAGCAACAGCCUCAAGGUAUGGCUCAACAACAACAGGGUGCAAUGGGUGGCAAAGGUAGUGGAAUGAUGUUGCCACCCGGACAGAAGCAGCAACAGGUGCCUGUCCAUUAUGGAGGAGGACAACAGCAACAGAAACAACAAGGAGGACAAGCACAAGGAUAUCAUGGUCAAUCAGGAAUAGGACAGCAGGCUGGCGGAAUGGGGGUGUUACCACCUCAACAACAACAGCACCACCAAUAUGGCGGUGGACCUCAACGGCAAGAACAGUACGCGCCACAUCAGUUCGAACAAUACAGACCACAGAAGGCAUAUUUAAGGGGAGUUGGAGAAAUCAUCUACAUUUGGUAUCUAAGUACUUACUCUUACUUCGUCUUAGAAUAUAAUUUCCAGUACAUAAGGAAUAGUACGCUGUGAAAAAAAAUUUUAAUCGUGGGCUUCCGUAAAAAUCGCACAAUGCUUCUUAUUGUUAAGAAGACCCUUUUAGCAAGGGUUAGGGUUUAGUCUGUCUAAUAAUGCCGCCAGCACACCAGUACCAGCCACACCAGUCGUAUAUGCCACCAGUGGGCAUAGCGACAGGCUUACCGCAUAAUAUGGACAAGAAGAGUCCGACUUCUAUGGCGGGCCAGAGCGUCGUCUAUGCUCGCGGCAAACGAGACCCCAACGCUUCACAUCCCUUCUCAGGGGGGCCGAACUAUCCUAUAGUUGGCAACUAUCCAGCGUCCUCAAGCUCAGCGGUCCCUCCAAACUACAUCAAUCAACAACCUCAACAACCUGGACCGAACUAUUGUUCUCACUCAUCUGUACAGCAUCAGUUAAGGCUUGUAGUUCCCCAAAUUCAUCUUAAGUAAGAUGCAUCUUCAUCUCUUUGAGUCCUAUUUCAUGGGAAAAGCGUCUGCGUCUCAAAGAUGCCUUUCGAGAUGAAUUAUAUAGGUGAAGAUGUCUAAAUCAAUUGCCCCCGUCGCCUGGCCGUGAUGGACCGCCAGCCGGUCCGUUCCCAUUGUAUGGGGCAGGAGAACACCAGCCACACGGAUAUGGAUCGUAUUUAGGGCUACAGAAAAUUCUUCUAAUUUAGCUACAUAACAUCAGCAGGUACAGGUAGUAUGACAUGUUGACAUGAUUCUCCAGAUCAUAUCCAAACCCUAAACCCAUUCUAACGUAACAUCAAGGUUAUAACCCGGGCCAGACACAAUUUGGAGGAGGGCAUCACGAAGUAGCACAUAACAAUCCCUACCAAGGUCAACCACAAGCACAACAUCAACAGCCACACCAGCCCUACAUGACGCAACCGCAGGAUCAGCCUCCCUUGCAACUUUUAUGACAGAACUUAUCUUUGCCUUCGCGUAACUCCAUUUCUAUUGAAUGAUGCUGCACAUUCAUUGUACUUAUGCUUAUGGAUUCCCAUAAUCUAAAACUAAAUGAUCCUUGUGAGUAAUAAAUUGUAUUCGUGGGAGGUGCAACAUGCUAAAAAAUGUAAGUUGUAAUCAUUCUUCGUCUAAACUCUCCCGGCCAACAACAACAGCGUGUAUAUCGGCAGGGUUCUGCUUCCCCGAGACGAAGGACAGGUCCCGAUGGUGUAGACUUGGCAAGGCCUCUUAGGAUGGACGUAAGCCCAAGGGGUGGCAAAGGGACACGUCAUGAGGAUGAAAAGAGACCUUCCAGGAUAUGGCAGCAGGCUGACUAGCGCUAGUCGUGUCCCUAAGUUUCUCAGGUGGACAUCAGGCACUCUCUUCUUCGCCAUUACUCAGGAUCAGCAUCAUUCUAACGUCCUCGUUCUGUAGAAGAAGGUAGUAUAGAAAUAGAUGAUGGUCACGGUCAGAUAACAUAAGUUGAUCAUUUUUAUUUGAGUUAUUGUCGUCCUCGGACGUAGUCUUUGUGUUGUGCCUCCUCAUGUAGGGGUCCCGGUUCGCUUCUAUUGUUCUCCCUUUUCUUCAUUUUCUAUACCGCAGCCUCGCAGUGUCUACAAGGGAGCACAGCAUCAAGCUCAAGAUCAUCAAGUAGGAGAUCUGCCAGGCGUGCAGCAAAAUUCAGUAGGGCAACAAGGAGGAGGCACUUUCUACAAUGACAGAGAGCAGAUGCAACUAAACAUGAACGCGAAUAACGUAGCUGGGGUGCCUCUGCCUUAUAAUAGCUAUGCACCAGGAGCAGGAGGUCAUGGGGUAGGAGGAGGUCAUGGGCCAGGAGUACCAGGAGGAGGAGGCCAUGGAGUGGGUCAUGGAAUAGGACCUGGCAUAGCAGGACCUGGAGGAGGAGGGGCACCAUAUCAGACACAAGGUCCAGGGAUAGGAGGAGGAGGCGUCAGCAAUACUCCGAUGGUUACAUUAAGGCAUGAUAGAUUUUUUAGACAGAUUUUAUUCUAGACGAGAUGCUGAAGCUGAGACUGAGUCCUUGUCCUCUGACGUUAUUUACCACGCUGUGCACAAUCAUGCGUACUACUAUUUCUGAUGACAUUCUCUUCAUGUAACCACGUUUGUUCGGCUCGUAGAACUUGUGCUGUAGCGAAGUUGUUCUCUUCUUCUAAUACAAACAGCCUAUUCUCAACACGCAGGAGGCGGUGGACCUCCUGGAGCACAUACCCCCACUCAUCCCGGCUACAUAAAUAUCGCAGCUGGUCCUUCUGGUAGAGGUGGCUCUAAGAUAUUUGCGGACCCCGAUGCAGAAGAGAUGGCCUUAUGCUUUGUACCUCUGUCUCGGUGUAGAGGUCCUCUCUUGUAGGUACUCCUAUCGUCCUGUAGUCCUGUCCUGUACUCCUCUCUUGUAGGUACUCCUAUCGUCCUGUAGUCCUAUCCUGUACUCCUCUCUUGUACUCCUGUCUUGUGUUCUUGUCCUGUGCUCCUAUCCUGUACUCCUGUCUUGUGUUCUUGUCCUGUACUCCUCUCCUGUAGUCCUGUUCUGUAGUCCUAUCCUGUACUCCUCUCUUGUACUCCUCUCUUGUACUCCUCUCUUGUACUCCUCUCUUGUACUCCUCUCCUGCCCGGCCUCUUGUACUCCUCUCCUGUAGGUACUCCUCUCCUGUAGAAGAGAUGGCCUUAUGCUUGAGAAUAUUUUGAUACACACCUGCAGGACACCUGCAGGGUCUAGAUCAUACCUGCAGGACUGACUCUGGGUGCCUCGCUUUGAGUCAAUGCGUUGAUCAUGAUUUCCGUUUACAUUUAGAUUCGCUCACGACCGGAGAACAUCAAGAUGUUUGACAGAGAGACCAUUAUGUGUAACCAGCGAAAAAAAACGUUGAAGGGCUUCUCAUACGAUAUAUACCAACAAAAUAAGUGCAGAUUAGAUGAUAUAUACCAACAAAAUAACGUUUUUCUUCAUCUAAUCUGCCGCCGCAAAAGGGAAGAGCAAGCACGAGAUUUGGCUGAACAGGUAGAACAGAAACGGAGGGAACGGGAAAUACUGCGAGCACGACAGCAAGAGGAAGAUUGGAGAGAAGAGGAACGGAUACAAAGGGAAUGCAUGGAAAUUAGACGGAAAUACGAACAAGAAAAAGGGUACUAAUACAGUUGUAGUACAUUUAAAGUACUAGGAGAUCUGUUUUUUAGAUUGUAAAACUACGUGGCCUUGUUGUACUAGCUGAUAUGAGCAACAGGUAUAUUUUUUAGUCUAAAAAUCGAACUAACUGUAACUACAUCAAAAAAGUAGAAUCGAUCACGUUGUCAUGGAAAAAGAGAAGGAAGUAUUCGAUACGGGACUCUACUUUAAAGCUUUGUUCUCUUAGUGCUUAGACUUACAACAUCCAGAAAUCCCAAAAAAUAACAGCCUUCCUCCUCCCGCCGAAGUCGUCGACGUCGUGGCUGAUAGUUCUGCUCACUGUUAUCAUGCGGCUGCAUCACAGUCACCAGGUCUCUCACUUUCCUAUGAGCACGAUGGACCGCCGCCACCGGUAGGGGGUCUCCCGGAACAGCAACACCAGUUAAGGGUGGAAGAGUUUGGUUGUACUUGUCAAGGAACAAUUAGUUCGGCUAUGUAUUAUCGUUCGCGGUCCGUCUUUUGGUGAUGUCUCUGUCAACGACGAUAAGACACCACACAACUGUGACUCAUACAAUAAGCUGAUGUCAACUACACUAGUUCAGGAUCGAUGAGUAGAUCCAGAACUAGAAGAGAAACGCCCACCAUGAAGACAACAACAACACCAGCACGGAAUAAGUGCUUCUAUGAAGACAUGUCGUGGUGACCCCUCGCUCUUUCUCUCUCUCUAAACAACCACAAUCCAACGAGCAACACUCGUGCUGACCGGGUGAGGAGGAAAUUACGAAAAAAGCGCAAGGAACUAGAAGAACUCGAACGACUCGGAGAGCAGAACCCUACACCAGAAUACCUUCAGGAGCUCUCAGAGCAUUGCAAUAAUGUACCAAAAUAUUAGUUCAUGCAACUACCAGUACUAGAACCAUCUUGAGGCAUCCCUUUUCAGCCGAUUUCAACACUUUCGUCCACCUACAGAUAAAGAACCAAGGCCAAUCUCCAAACCUUUUUUUACAGUUGAAGAACCAACUGGACCGAUUGCGGCAGAAGGCUUUGAGCGAGACCCCAGGACUCGAUAGUGAGGAGGAAAAUAUUGCGAAUCUGGUGGCCGAGCAGGAUAAUGCUCAUCAACCGAGAAGUCAUAUGGAAACGUUUGGGAUGUAGUAGACGAGAAGGGUGUAGUGAGUGAUACUGAUUUUAAGACGCUGAUGUAGGCGUGCUGGGUGGAUGUAUAGCCCAUUUAGAAGAUCGUCUUGAGACGGUGAUGUAGGCGUAGGAUAAAUGAUGUUGACGAGGUAAAUUUUGAGACGUUCUAGAAUCAGUGACGCAAAAACAACAGUGAUCAAUUUUGAGCGCUGGUUCGUCGAUAAAUUAAUUUUGAGGACGUGUAGAUGAAGAUGAUGAAUCCUGAUAGAGAUAAACAGAUUGAUAAACAGAACUUAGUAUAUCACACUUGUUUGUAUUUUCAAAAAGCUGAAUUCUGAUACUUAUGCAGUCUGCAUUAUGCAGAUGCAGAACAAGACUAUCAUAAUUAUCAAUCGCAUGGACAAACUAGAGCCCCCAAAAGUUGAAGAGCUGCAUUCUCAUUGUGACCAUUUCCAAAAGCUAGUAAUACAUGAGACAAAGAUAUAAUUGGUGUAGAUGCUUUGUUGUGUUUGAUUCUUGAGCUGAUUUAAAUCCACGACAGAUAGCAAUAGAGAGCUCGAGCUAAUGAAUUCUAAGUCUAACAAACUAAGUAGCUAUCUCCCAGCAAUAGGUUGUAAUCAAUUUUUCCAACGUCAAGGACAACGAUAACGACGACUACAUGCUGUAAUCGGAUCUGGUAAGAAAAAUUGUGAGACGAUGUGUCCUCCAUGAAACGCAAUAUUAAACGCUCUAUCUAUAAUACUACGCAUCACCUCGUUCAUUCAAAUUCAAUGAGAGCAUGACUUGAAGAGUCUCGGGCUACGGUAAGUCCGUGGUCAAGCGCACGCAUCCAAUCGCUAC